CACAUGCACUAAUAUAUGCAUUCCAAACGUUAGCAAAUAUUCAAUGCCCAACUGGGUUUGAUGAACCUUCGUCAAAUCCUUUUUGGGUUGUGUCCAAAACCAUAUCAAAGUGUAUAUUUUCUCCAAAUUUGACUUUUGAAAUUGCGUACAAUCCAAGUACCCUUUCAUUCUUUACAUACUUGGGAAUUCCUUAUACAUGUGAAAGAUCUUAAAAUUUUUUUCUUGUUCCCAAUUUUUUUCCCGGAACAUCUUUAUUUUUUUUGCUCUGCUAGAUUCUGCUUCGGGUUGCGAGAGAUAAAGGGUGUCUUUGUGUUUUCUUUGUUGUUGCUUUUUUGUGAAUAGAUUAUGAGCUUUUACCCGAAAAGAGAGAAAGAAAGAAAGGAAGGGUGUGCAUAAUCUUUGUUUAUUUUUUUCUUCCUGAACUCUGUAAUUGUAAUAGCUGCUUUUGAGCGACUUGGGAUCUUAGCUGAUCUGGGUCUCAUCUGCUUCAACCAGUACUGCAGGCUAUUGAUUUGUUUGAGGUAAAACCUUCAUUGACCAUGAACAGAUAACAUUACGCAUUAUGGGUUGGUUUAGCAAAAUUUUGAAGGCCUCCGGCCUUAAAGAUUCAGAAGAGCAUGGCCAUGCAAAUUAUGGAGGAGAUCCAAAUCGUUAUGCACCUACUAGUUCAGAGGAUAUGGCGCCAGAGAGCGAGAAUGAAGAUAUGGAUCGUGCAAUUGCACUAUCUCUUUUCGAAGAAAGUCAAAGGGGAAGAAACGUGAUUGAUCAUGAUUCUCAAUUGGAGGAUGAUGCACAACUUGCCCAAGCUAUUCAAGAAAGCCUAAAUGUGGAGUCUCCUCCCCGAUAUGGAUAUGGAAAUAUGUAUCAACCUGCCCCAUUCUACUUCCCUAUGGGGGGGUUAAGGAUCUGUGCUGGUUGCUGCACUGAGAUUGGUUAUGGACGAUAUCUGAAUUGCCUGAAUGCAUUUUGGCAUCCUGAAUGCUUCCGGUGCUAUGCUUGCAACCUACCGAUUUCUGAUUGUGAGUUCUCUACAUCUGGAAAUCAUCCAUAUCAUAAAUCUUGCUACAAGGAGAGUUACUACCCAAAAUGUGACGUUUGCAAGCACUUUAUUCCAACAAACAGUGCUGGUCUAAUUGAAUAUAGGGCACAUCCGUUUUGGGUCCAGAAAUACUGCCCUUUUCAUGAACAUGAUGGUACUCCUCGAUGCUGCAGUUGUGAGCGAAUGGAGCCACGAGACACAAGAUAUGUUCCCCUUGAUGAUGGUCGAAAGCUUUGUCUGGAGUGUCUGGAGUCUGCAAUCAUGGAUACCACUGUAUGCCAACCCCUAUAUCUUGACAUACAAGAAUUUUAUGAAAGUUUAAAUAUGAAAGUGGAGCAGCAAGUUCCGUUACUCUUGGUCAAAAGAGAGGCACUAAAUGAAGCAAGAGAAGGAGAAAGGAAUGGCCAUUAUCACAUGCCCGAGACUAGAGGACUCUGCCUUUCUGAGGAGCAAACUAUCAGCACUAUUUUAAGGCGGCGGCCAAGGACUGGGGCAGGAAAGCGAGCCAUGAAGACGAUAACAGAACCCUACAAACUAACGCGUCGUUGUGAGGUUACUGCAAUUCUCAUCUUGUAUGGUCUUCCAAGGUUGCUUACCGGAUCAAUCCUAGCUCAUGAGAUGAUGCAUGCGUGGCUGCGUCUUAAAGGUUACCCAAAUCUCAGUCAAGAUGUUGAGGAAGGUAUCUGUCAGGUUCUGGCUCACCUGUGGUUGGAUACCAAGCUCAAGUCUGGAUCAGGAAGCAAUGUUGCAUCAACCUCAUCAUCUGCUUCCACCGCAUUGAAAAGGGGUACAGGAUCACAAUUUGAAAGGAAACUUGGGGAGUUCUUUAAACAUCAAAUUAAAUCAGACAUUUCCCCGGUGUAUGGAGACGGAUUCAGAGCUGGCCAACAGGCGGUGAAUAAAUAUGGUCUUCAAAGUACCCUUGAGCACAUACGGAUGACGGGGACCUUUCCUUAUUGAGGUCCCUGGAUGUAGAUGGUGCCUCUUUUCUUUAUCGCUGAGUUUAGAGCUUGGCCUUUUCAUAUUAGAUCCUUAGGCCAAAGCGCAUAGGAACAACUCUCUAUAGAAUAGUUUUGAGAAGUGCUAAUUUUCUGCCAUGUGUAAUGCCACUACUUUACUUUUUCUUUAACAAAUUAAUCAAUUGAUAAUUUAAUUAUUAUCUUCCA